UAGCUCUCGACUCUGAUGAUGAUCUUUCAGAAGAUCAGAUACAAGGCCUGCUGAAAGAAGCAGAGGAGCGCCUUCGCGAGCGUGCAAGCACCACGUCAUCCACCAUACAGCUUUCCGAGAAGCAGUUCAGAUUUCCGAAGCUGGAUGCUGGCGAAGUCAACAAACCAUACGUCCAAAACAAAAAUGGUGUAGCUCACGCCGACUCAGCACGGCUGCUCUCGGAUGAAGAGAGAAAGCUCGCCAACGGGUUUCGGAAAGUGGAAGACCCUGUUGCGCUCAAGAAGAGAAAGGUCGAGAUCAGCGCUCCGUUAUGGAAUCGCCCUGCAACAUGAAAGUUCUUUUCAUAGUUACUCUGAGGCACAUUUCAGUUGUUUCGCACUUGCCCGUUAUUUUUUUGGCAAAUAAUGGGAUUGACAAAAGUCAGGAAAAGAAAGCUUCUGCCGGUCCGCAAUGGUACAAUCUGCCCAAGACAGACUUGACGCCUGAAGUGAAGCGUGAUCUUCAACUCAUUCAGAUGAGGGGUGUCCUUGACCCACAUCGUCACUACAAGAAAGAGUCUGGAAAAUCGAAAGCACCAGAGUUUUCCCAGAUUGGAACAAUUAUUGAAGGACCUACCGAAUACUAUAGUGCUCGGAUUCAGAACAAAGACCGAAAGCGGACUUUUGUCGACGAAGUUCUUGCUGCAGAGGCCCAGAGUGGACGUUUCAAGAAGAAGGCUAGCGAUAUUCAGAUGGCAAAGGCCAGUGGGAAGAAACGGCACUACCAAGCCAUGAAGGAGAAACGAGCGAGCAAGUUCAAGAAUGGCUGAUGUCCAAACUCUUCCUUGUCUCAAUACAAACACUACUCUGGCGAGCUACCUCUAUUGCCAGCAACACCAUCGAGAAGGCAUUCCCACAUGACCUUACACUCUGUUGAAACACAACUCAUGGAAGACUAUAUGAUCAAUCGAACUGGCAAUGUCAGUCGGAUGAAUCUCAAAGAGU